AUGUCAGUUGCUCUUGGCGAAAAUGAGCUUGUAAUUCGAGGAUGUAUUCUCUUCGAAGUUCUCAACAAGAAACCGAUUCAGGAGUCCUACGAAAAUUUCUGUAGAAAUGUUGGAAAUGACGUCAUGUCAUAUAAUGACUUCGAUUUCUGGUUCUAUCGAUUUCACAACGGAAACCAUGACUUGCACUACGAUAGAAG